AUGGCUGAUCCACUCCAGCUGUUAUGUGAAUAUGCCAAAGGAAAAGUAGUUGCAAAGGAAAUCAUUCAUAAUGAUGAAAAGUAUAUAGCUUUUGGGGAUUAUGCCUAUCCUAAAGAUACUCCAACACAACUCCUGGUAUACGGAAAGGAAAAUGAGCACUAUAGUAUCGAAUCUAUCAUGUUUUUAUGGGAUCGAAUGCAACUUACCCAUACAGCUUAUGUAAAAGAAGCUGCAGGUUGUGGUAUUAGGGCUGUUACUCGUCCCGACAGACGUGAUAUUCUUGAUUAUUUAAAUGGAAGACGAGCGCAGUUGCCCAAAAACUCUGACUCUCGUAUUCCUUCGAGUGCUCCUAUCCCAGUUUCUCGUUUACUACCUGAGCCGACAGAACCAGAGAGCAAGAAGGCUAGAUUAGAUCCAGCUAUUGAUAUUAAAAAAGCAAAGACUGUGCUGGAACAAACAGAGCUCCGUGCUUUGAAUGAAAAUCUCACGGCUGACAAAAUUGCUGCUUUGAAGAAAAAACGCCUUACGCAUCAGAAGAAGAAUAUUGCCGUUGUCAUUGAUGAGGAAGGUGAUCCAGCUGCUGAAGGUACUGUGGCAGCUGUAUUCGAUCGAGAGUGGAAAAGCAGAGAGCGUGUUUGGAGAACUAGGGAAAAUUGCUUAGAUGCUGCUACUAAAGAUUUUACUCCUUUGCUGGAAAUGCUGAAAAGUCUGAAGGCGAGAGAAGAUAAGGAGAAGCAACAGAAGGCUAUGAGCCAAUACUUACCUCCAAGUAAACCAAAUGCUCCUCCUCCAAAGCCAAGACCACAGACUGGUUACAGUAGAUACGAUCAAGAAAUUUUCAACAAGGAAAUGAACUCUGACUUCCAAAUAGAUGGAGAUUUAUCUUUUGUCGGAACAAAUCUGCAAAAUCUUAAUAAAGGAAUUCCUAUUGAACGAAAGCCUUCCAUCGCUCCAGCCAAAGCUCCUGCUCCUGCUACUGCUCCAACAUACGGACGACCAGCAGCGCCAAGUUCCUCCACUAGACCAACAUCAAGUUCUCCUGACAUGCCUAGAAGAAGAACAAACCGAACUCCUAUUAUUAUUAUUCCUUCAGCGGGUACGAGUCUUAUAACGAUGUAUAAUGCUCAAGAUAUACUACAGGAAAUGCGUUUCUUAAGUUCUGAUGCCAAAAAGAACGAUGGUGCUAAAAGAGAAAACGAGGUGCAAGUCCAUCGUAAGCGAGGAGAUAGAGGAGAUGUAACUGUCCCCUAUCGCGUGAUAGACAAUGUUUUCAAACUAAAUGAUGAAGAAUGGGACCGAGUAGUUGCCGUAUUCGUAAUGGGGCCUGCUUGGCAGUUCAAAGGAUGGAGAUGGAGUGGGAAUCCAGUAGAAAUAUUCUCUCAUAUUCCCGCCUUCCACUUGCAUUACGACGAUAUGAAGGUGGAUUCGAAUGUUGCUAGAUGGAAUGUGACCCUAUUGCCCAUUUCCCGGCACAAAAGGCAUUUGGAUAAAGCUCGUUUGGCGAAGUUCUGGGAUACCCUAGACCGACAUAUUGUAAAAAAUAAAAAUUAUCUUCGUCAUUAA